AUGGUGUUCGCAGUCAGUGGAUGCAAAAAUUUACCACGUGAUCUUCCUAAGGCUCAUUUAUGGUAUGUGACAAACACGUCUGCAGUAUAUCGUUGUUCUGGUGAUUAUAGUUUAAAUUCUGGUAAUCUGGUACGAACCUGUAUCAACGGAUCAUGGACUGGUAUAGAACCAUUAUGCACUGCAGAGGGUAAAGUUUUAUAUUAUAUAUCAUUAGUUGUUUUCUGCAGAGAAUCAGUGGCGGAGCCAGGUUUACGUCCGAAAGGAGGGGGAAUUCUACCCAAGACUUACAUGGUAUUACUGAUAGUCGGUGGAAUAGUAUUUUUGUUUUUAAUAUGCAUUCCCGUAGAUUUCUACAGAUAUCGGAAAAGAAAGAAAGUUUGUCGCGAACGUCGAGAACGAAUGGAAAUGAUGACAAGAAUCGAACCCCUUCAUGCAAAUCUCGAUAGAAAUGUGCCCGUAGUUAGCAACGAAGUAGAACAAGGACAAGCUAAAUUUAGUUUCCGCUCAAUUUUAUCAUUCUUCCGUUUAGUGAAAAAUACUCGCAAACGUCAUGACCAGCGACGGGCAUUAAAUGAUCAAAGCAGAGAGAAUUCUCCACCUGCAACACUAGACGUUAUACAAUCAGCACACUCUAAUGGACUAGCAAACCUUUCUGAAGUGGACGAGUGUGCCGAUAAUGGCGCGGUGGGUUCAGAUAAUACCGAGAUGACGGUUCCUUCGUCAAUUCUUGUGUCUAGUCCCAAUGACAACAGCCGACAGACGUCAUGUUGGUCCCAACCACAACAGGUUAAUUUUAGUCCCACCUCACCCAGAGAUACCAGUUUUAGUCCAACUGGAAUGCCGUUUAUUGAAUCACCUUCUCAUUCGUCACCAAAUAAAUCGUUGUUGAUAGAUAACACUAAAAGUAACAGAAGCGUAAAAGACAAUAAGUUUUCAUCUCAAGAAAGUCCUCGGAAUGAUUGUUUCAUGGGCGAAUGCUCAACCAAUAGUUUGCAAGGUAAAAAAUAUGAACGCAUCAACUUAAUAUCAGAAUCUCCAUUGAUGACAGUGUUAAAAUCAAAACGAUUCAGACAAUCUCAGCUAUCUCCCCUUGGUGAAAGCAGUACUGGCUCAAAUAGACUUCCAGAUCUCCCGACUAAUGUAGACUAA